AAGAUGGCGGCGGCUGUUGCAGCGGCGGCUGAGCGAGCCGGGAGCGGGGAUGCCGGGCUCCGUCGGCGGCGGCGGCUGCAGCUGCACUUGCAGCUGCUGCUCUGGCUGCCGCUGCUGGCCUGGGAAGCCGGGGCGGAGCAGAUGGAGGAGUACCUGAAGCGGGAGCACUCGCUCACCAUGCCUUACCAGGGUGUGGGAUCUGGCAGUUCGUCACUGUGGGAACUUAUGGGCAAUGCGAUGGUGAUGACCCAGUUUGUUCGUCUCACGCCAGAUAUCCAAAGCAAGCAGGGUGCUGUCUGGAACAGAGUGCCUUGUUACUUGAGAGACUGGGAGAUGCAGGUACAUUUCAAAAUCCACGGACAAGGGAAAAAAAACCUCAACGGAGACGGGUUUGCCAUCUGGUACGCCAAGGAUCGAAUGCAGCCAGGGCCGGUCUUUGGGAGCAAGGAUACCUUCAUAGGGCUGGGCGUGUUUGUAGAUACGUACCCCAAUGAGGAGAAGCAGCAAGAGGCCCAGAAGAAGAGGUAUUCAUCAGGAAACCAGCGCGUCUUCCCGUACGUCUCGGCCAUGGUCACCAAUGGGUCCCUUGUCUAUGACCAUGAGAGGGACGGGCGGCCGACCGAACUUGGGGGUUGUACGGCCAUCGUUCGCAACCUGGAGCAUGACACGUUCCUGGUGAUCCGCUAUGUGAAGAGGAGGCUUACCGUCUUGCUCGACAUUGACGGGAAGCACGAAUGGAGAGACUGCGUUGACAUUCCCGGAGUCCACUUACCACGUGGAUACUUCUUCGGAAUCUCUUCCGCCACGGGAGACUUGUCAGACAAUCACGACAUCAUUUCUCUGAAGACCUACCAGCUGACGGUCGAUCGGUCGAUGGAAGAAGAGAAGCGCGACAAAGAAGUCUUCCUCCCUGUGGUGGACAACAUGAAACUCCCUGGGAUGGUGACGCCGAUGGAACCCAUGAGCGGCCUCGCUCUCUUCUUGAUCGUCUUCUUUUCGCUGGUGGCCAUCGUCUUCGCCAUCGUCGUUGGCGUCAUUGUUUACAACAAAUGGCAAGAACGGAGCCGGAAACAUUUCUACUGACCUGCAGGCCUCCUCUCGGGAUUCGUCCCGUCCUCCUGGCUUUCUGGACGGCCAUCGGAUUCCAUCAGCAAGGGAGGAAAUCAUGGAAACGGGCAGCUCAACCCCUUCCAGGGGGGGCUCCUAAACCUAACAAGAGGGCUGAUGUUUGGACCGGUGGUCUCCUUGGGGUGGCGAGACGCGGUUAUCUCUGCUCUUUCCCUUUGCCUUCCUUGGACUAAGUUCUCAGCACUGGCUUUCGGCGGGUUGUUCUGACGGGCUUUGUCAGCCCCUUCCCCCGAGGAUGUAGCACACAGUGGGGCCUCUGUUGACUCUGUUUUGGGGGUGGGGUGGGGGGUGGGAGACAUAUUUAAUCAAGAGAUUUGGAGCUGCCAUCCUCAUCUCCUCUAGCGGAGGGGUUGGAAGAUGGGAACUGUGGUUUUGGGGGAAAUGUCAAGGCAGCUGCGAAAAGGAAAUUGGGAUAUGGUAAUCGGCAGCAACCAGUGGUGGGAUUUGAUUUUUUUUUUUUACUACCGGGUCGGUGAGCGUGGCUU